GCGGAGAGCGGCAUGCCCACACGCAACACCCUCCGCACCUGACCGGGCAGAGCUCCGCGGGCUAUAAAGCACGCCACCGGAGCGUGUGUCCUCCACACUACUGCCUCCUUGCCUGCUACCUGCCUCGCACCACUGCCACCAUCUCAUCUCCGUCUCACUCUCGAUCUCAGCUGCGAGCCAUGGCCGUGAACGACACCAAGCUGGCCGACGCCGAGAACCCGGGCGCGAUGUGCCGCGGCGGCGGCGGCGACUCCGACUCCGACGUGGACUUCGCGGGCCGCGCCAACUGGCUGCGCGCGGCGGUGCUGGGCGCCAACGACGGGCUGGUGUCCACGGCGUCGCUGAUGCUGGGCGUGGGCGCGGUGAAGCACGAGGUGCGCGCCAUGGUGAUCUCCGGGUUCGCGGGCCUGCUGGCGGGGGCGUGCAGCAUGGCCAUCGGGGAGUUCGUGUCCGUCUGCUCCCAGCGCGACGUGGAGAUCGCGCAGCUCGACCGCGACGGCAAGCGCGGGGGCGACGAGGAGAGGGCGCUGCCCAGCCCGGUGCAGGCCGCCGCGGCCUCGGCCCUCGCCUUCUCCGUGGGCGCGCUGCUGCCGCUGCUUGCGGCCGGGUUCAUCGUGGGGUACAAGCUGCGGGUGGCCGUGGUGGUGGCCGUGGCGACGCUGGCGCUGGCGGCGUUCGGGGUCGUCGGGGCCGUGCUGGGCCGGGCGCCCGUGGUGAGGUCCUCCGCCCGGGUCGUCGUCGGCGGGCUGGCCGCCAUGGGGCUCACCUUCGGCCUCAUGCGCCUCUUCCGGGCCAGCGGCAUAUGACGUGCCACCGGUGGACGAGGUUUUUUUUGUUGUUGCCGUCACCGAUCGUCGUCUCCUCCAUGCAUGCUUCCCUCGUGAUCCUACGUACGUACGUGGCGCCAACGUCUUCUUCCCCGGCCGGCUGAUGGUCUGACGUCCGUGCAUGGAAUGUGCAUGCCCGGCCGUGCGUCUCUUCCCUAGUUAAUUCUCUCUGUCUCUACUGCUAUUUACUAGUCUUUGCAUGCAUAUGCAUGCCAUGGCGGCCUGCCCCGCUGAUGUAACAUUGGCCAGCUGCAUGCAUGCUAUAGUAUUUUUACUUGCACCGUGUAACGUUACUGGUAGUGAUUGGGAGGUGGAAGAAGGUGACAAGGUUGUUGCAAGAAAGGCAGGCUAUAUAUUUAAGCUAAUUAAUUUGAAUUUCUCAUGCAA